AUGACUGAUCUUGGUUUGAUAACAUACUUCUUUGGUAUGGAGGUAAAUCAGGAAGAACAAGGGAUUUUUAUAAGCCAGCAAGCCUUUGCACUAAAAGUUUUAAGUAAAUUCUGCAUGUCAAAGUGCAAACCUGCUAGCACACCAGUUGCACUAGGAGAAAAGCUGUUAAGCACAAGUGAGCACAAUAGAAUUGAUGAAAGGGGGUACAGAAGUUUGGUUGAUUGCUUGCUCUACCUAAUAGCAACAAGGCCAGACAUCCUAUAUGCUGUUGGCUUACCCUCAAGGUUCAUGCACUGCUGCAAUGUUGCACAUUUUAAAGCAGCAAAGAGGGUCCUAAGAUAUGUCAAAGGGACUUUGAAUUUUGGUGUGAAGUUUGGAAGGUCAAAGGAGCUGAAACUUGUUAGUUAUUCAGAUAGUGACUGGGCUGGUUUAGUUGAUGACAUGAAGAGCACAUCAGGCUACUUCUUUAGUCUAGGUUCAAGUGUUUUCAGUUGGAGUUCAAAGAAGCAACAAACAGUAGUUCAAUCCACUGCAGAGGCUGAGUAUAUUGCAAUUGCUAUCGCAUUAACCAAGCCAUUUGGCUUAGAAAGUUAUUGGAUGACUUAA